UGGAUCCGGUCCAGUGUGCAGCUCAGUCUCCACCAAAGGCCGCUCAGUUCUCCCGCGCGCCAGCCUCCUGCAAGGACCACGGGGGAGUUUUCCGCCUCCACCGGGGGUCCCCUCUCCUGCAGAAGGACAAGGAGACACAGCGAGUGGGGAAAGCAUGCGUCAGAUGUGCACAUAACUGCAGCGCGGAGCCCGGGACGCUCGCUUCUCCAGGUUUGCUCAGGGUUCUUACUUGGUGCUUAGACAAAAUCAAAAUGAGGAAACAUCGGCAUUUGCCAUUAGUGGCCAUCUUUUGCCUCUUUUUCUCAGGCUUUUCCUUUACUCGUGCCCAGCAACAAGCAGAUGUCAAAAAAGGUGCCGCUGCCGAUAUAAUAUUUCUAGUGGAUUCCUCUUGGAGCAUUGGAAAGGAGCAUUUCCAACUUGUUCGGGAGUUUCUUUAUGAUGUGAUAAAAUCUUUAGCUGUGGGAGAAAACGAUUUCCGUUUUGCUCUGGUCCAGUUCAACGGCAACCCACAUACCGAGUUCCUGUUAAACACGUACCGUUCUAAACAAGACGUCCUCUCCCAUGUGUCCAACUUGUCUUAUUUUGGGGGAAGCAAUCAGACUGGAAAAGGAUUAGAAUACGUAAUGCAAAACCACCUCACUGAGGCUGCCGGAAGCCGGGCCCGGGACGGAGUCCCUCAGGUUAUCGUAGUGUUAACUGACAGAGCCUCGAAGGAUGGCCUUGUUUUGCCCUCAGCGGAACUUAAGUCUGCUGAUGUUAACGUGUUUGCGGUUGGCGUUGAGGAUGCAGAUGAAGGAGCCUUAAAAGAAAUAGCAAGUGAACCGCUCAAUAUGCAUGUUUUCAACCUAGAGAAUUUUACCUCCCUCCAUGACCUAGUAGGAAACUUAGUGUCCUGUGUGCAUUCAUCCAUGACUCCAGAAGGGGCUGGAGGCACAGAGACCCUUAAAGACAUCACAGCACAAGAAUCUGCUGACAUAAUUUUCCUUAUUGAUGGAUCAAACGAGACCGGAAGUGUCCAUUUCGCAGUCAUUCUCGACUUCCUUGUAAAUCUCCUUGAGAGACUCUCAGUCGGAGCUCAGCAGAUCCGAGUGGGGGUGGUCCAGUAUAGCGAUGAGCCCAGAACCAUGUUCUCCCUGAACAGCUUCGCCACCAAGGCUCAGGUUCUGGAUGCCGUGAAAGCCCUGGGGUUCCUUGGUGGGGAGCUGGCCAAUGUCGGCCUUGCCCUUGACUUCGUGGUGGACCACCACUUCACCAGGGCAGGGGGCAGCCGAGUGGAGGAAGGGGUUCCCCAGGUGCUGGUCCUCAUCAGCGCCGCGCCUUCUAGCGAUAAGAUCCGAGACGCGGUCUUAGCCCUGAAGCAGGCGAGCGUGUUCUCGUUUGGCCUGGGAGCCCAGGCCGCCUCCAAGGCAGAGCUGCAGCACAUAGCCACCAAUGACAACUUUGUGUUCACUGUCCCGGAAUUCCGUAGCUUUGGGGACCUCCAGGAUCAAUUACUGCCCUACAUUGUGGGCAUAGCCCACAGGCACAUUGUCUUGCAACCGCCAACCAUUGUCACUCAAGUCAUCGAAGUCAACAAGAGAGACAUAGUUUUCCUGGUGGAUGGCUCGUCUGCCCUGGGGCCGGCCAACUUCCAAGCAAUCCGUGACUUCAUUGCCAAGGUCAUCCAGAGGCUGGAUAUCGGACAGGACCUCAUCCAGGUGGCCGUGGCUCAGUAUGCAGACACAGUGAGGCCAGAGUUUUAUUUCAACACUCACCCCAACAAGAGGGAGGUCAUGGCUGCCGUGCGGAGAAUGAAGCCCCUGGACGGCGCCGCCCUGUACACGGGCUCCGCCCUGGACUUCGUUCGGAACAACAUGUUCACCAGCGAGGCCGGCUACCGGGCGGCCGAGGGGGUCCCUAGGCUGCUGGUGCUGAUCACAGGCGGUAAGUCCCUAGAUGACGUGAGCCAGCCGGCCCAGGAGCUGAAGAGAAGCAGCAUCAUGGCCUUUGCCGUCGGGAGCAAGGCGGCCGACCAGGCUGAGCUGGAAGAGAUCGCCUUCGACCCCUCCCUCGUGUUCAUUCCCACUGAGUUCCGCGCCAGUCCUCUGCAGGGCGUGCUGUCCAGCCUGCUGGCGCCUCUUAGGACCCUCUCCGGAACCACUGAAGUUCACGCAAACAAGAGGGAUAUCAUCUUUCUUUUGGAUGGAUCUGUCAACGUUGGAAGGACCCGUUUCCCUUACGUGCGGGACUUUGUAAUGAACUUAGUUAACAGCCUUGAUGUUGGAGGUGACAAUAUCCGUGUCGGUUUAGUGCAAUUUAGUGAUACUCCGGUCACGGAGUUCUCCCUAAACACAUACCAGACCAAGUCAGACCUGCUGGCUCACGUGAGGCAGCUGCAGCUGAAGGGGGGCUCGGGCCUGAACACGGGUGCGGCCCUAAGCUAUGUCCACGCCAACCACUUCACCGAAGCUGGCGGCAGCAGGAUCCAGGAACAAGUGCCGCAGCUUCUGCUCCUGCUCACGGCCGGGCCAUCCGAGGACUCCUAUUUGCAAGCGGCCAACGCCCUGGCACGCUCGGGCAUCCUGACUUUUUGUGUGGGAGCUAGCCAGGCCAAUAAGGCAGAGCUUGAGCAGAUUGCUUUUAACCCGAGCCUGGUGUAUCUCAUGGACGAUUUCAGCUCCCUGCCCGCUCUGCCUCAGCAGCUGAUUCAGCCCCUAACCACAUAUGUUAGUGGCGGAGUGGAGGAAGUGCCACUUGCCCAGCCAGAGAGCAAGCGGGACAUUCUGUUCCUCUUUGAUGGCUCAGGCAAUCUCCUGGGCCAGUUCUCUGCUGUCCGAGACUUUCUCUACAAGGUCAUUGAUGAGCUGGACGUGAAGCCCGAUGGUACCCGGAUUGCAGUGGCUCAGUACAGCGACAAUGUCAGGAUUGAGUCCAGUUUUGCUGAGCAUCAGACUAAGCCCGAGAUCCUGAAUCUUGUGAAGAGGAUGAAGCUCAAGACAGGCAAAGCCCUCAACCUGGGCUACGCCCUGGACUUUGCACAGAGGUACAUCUUUGUGAAGUCCAAUGGAAGCCGCAUCGAGGACGGCGUGCUUCAGAUCCUGGUGCUGCUGGUGGCGGGAAGGUCGUCAGACGGUGUGGACCGGCCAGCCCUCAACCUGAAACAGAGCGGGGUGGUGCCUUUCAUCCUCCAGGCCAAGAACGCCGACCCUGGGGAGUUGGAGCUGAUCGUGCCAUCCCCCGCAUUUAUUCUGGCUGCAGAGUCACUUCCCAAGAUCGGCGACCUUCAGCCACACAUCGUGAACCUCUUAAAAUCAGUGCAAAAUGGGGCACCUACACCAGUUUCAGGUGAAAAGGACGUGGUGUUUCUGAUCGACGGCUCCGAGGGCGUCAGGAGUGGCUUCCCUCUGUUGAAAGAGUUUGUUCAGAGAGUGGUGGAGAGCCUGGAUGUGGGCCCGGACCGGGUGCGGGUGGCCGUGGUGCAGUACAGCGACAGGACCAGGCCUGAGUUCUACCUGAAUUCGUACAUGGACCAGCAGAGCGUUGUCAAUGCCGUACGCCAGCUGACCCUGCUGGGGGGGCCGAUCCCCAACACCGGGGCCGCCCUGGACUUUGUCCUGAGGGACAUCCUAACUGAGUCUGCCGGAAGCCGGAUAGCAGAGGGCAUCCCCCAGCUCCUGAUCGUCCUCACGGCCGACAGGUCUGGGGAUGACGUGAGGGGCCCCUCGGUGGUCCUGAAGAGGGGAGGGGCCGUGCCCAUCGGCAUUGGCAUUGGCAAUGCCGACAUCACCGAGAUGCAGACCAUCUCCUUCAUCCCAGACUUCGCCGUGGCCAUUCCCACCUUCCGGCAGCUAGGGACUGUCCAGCAGGUCAUCUCUGAGAGAGUGACCCGGCUCGACCGCGAGGAGCUGCGCCGGCUGCAGGCAUCUGUGGUCCCUCCGACGAGCCCAGGUGUCAGCGGCAAGCGGGAUGUGGUCUUUCUCAUCGAUGGGUCCCAGACGGCUGGCCCUGAGUUCCAGUACAUCCGCACCCUCAUCGAGAGGCUGGUGGACUCCCUGGACGUGGGCUUCGACACGAGCCGGGUGGCGGUCAUCCAGUUCAGCGAGGACCCCCGGGUGGAGUUCCUGCUGAACGCCCACUCCAGCAAGGACGAGGUGCAGAACGCGGUGAGGCGGCUGCGGCCCAAGGGCGGGAGGCGGAUCAACAUCGGGGGCGCCCUGGAGUACGUGUCCAAGAACAUCUUCAAGAGGCCGCUGGGGAGCCGGAUUGAGGAGGGCGUCCCCCAGUUCCUGGUCCUCAUUUCUUCGGGGAAGUCGGACGACGAGGUAGACGACUCGGCGGCAGAGCUCAAGCAGUUCGGGGUGGCGCCGCUGACGAUCGCCAGGAACGCGGACCCGGAGGAGCUGGUUAAAAUCUCCCUGAGCCCCGAGUACGUGUUCUCGGUGAGCACCUUCCGGGAGCUGCCCAGCCUGGAGCAGAAACUGCUGACACCCAUCACCAGCCUGACCGCAGAGCAGAUACAGCAGCUGCUGGCCAGCACCAGCUAUCCGCCUCCAGCUGUGGAGAGUGACGCCGCGGACAUCGUCUUCCUGAUCGACAGCUCUGACGGCGUGAAGCCCGACGGCAUCGCGCACAUCCGGGACUUUGUGAUCCGGAUCGUGCGUAGACUCAACAUCGGCCCCAAUAAAGUGAGAGUUGGAGUCGUGCAGUUCAGCAAUGACGUCUUCCCCGAGUUCUACCUGAAGACCUACAGGUCCCAGGCCAGCGUGCUUGACGCCAUACGUCGCCUGAGGUUCAAAGGGGGGUCCCCGCUGAACACCGGCAAAGCCCUGGAAUUCGUGGCAAGGAAUUUCUUCGUCAAGUCUGCUGGGAGCCGCAUCGAGGACGGGGUCCCCCAACACCUGGUUCUGUUUCUGGGUGGAAAAUCCCAGGACGAUGUGUCCAGGUAUUCCCAGGUGAUGGGGUCCUCGGGGAUUGUGAGAUUGGGGGUCGGAGACCGAAACAUCGACAGAACCGAGCUGCAGACCAUCACCAAUGACCCCAGGCUGGUGUUCACCGUGCGGGAGUUCAGAGAGCUCCCCAACAUAGAAGAGAGGGUCAUGAGCUCCUUUGGACCUUCCGGGGUCACCCCUGCACCCCCAGGAGUGGACAUACUCCCUCCCUCACGGCCAGAGAAAAAAAAAGCCGACAUUGUGUUCCUGUUGGACGGGUCCAUCAAUUUCCGGAGAGACAGUUUCCAGGAAGUGCUCCGGUUCGUGUCUGAAAUCGUGGACACGGUUUACGAAGGGGGCGACUCCAUCCAGGUGGGGCUGGUCCAGUACAACUCUGACCCCACGGACGAAUUCUUCCUGAAGGACUUUUCCACCAAGCAGCAGAUUAUCGACGCCAUCAACAAGGUGGUCUACAAGGGGGGCAGGCACGCCAACACCAAGGUGGGCUUGGAGCACUUGCGGCUGAACCAGUUCGUGCCGGACGCGGGCAGCCGCCUGGAGCAGAGGGUCCCGCAGAUUGCCUUCGUGAUCACGGGGGGGAAGUCGGUGGAGGACGCGCAGGAGGCGAGCCUGGCGCUCACCCAGAGGGGCGUCAAAGUGUUUGCGGUGGGCGUGAGAAACAUUGACUCCGAGGAGGUGGGGAAGAUAGCUUCCAACAGCGCCACGGCCUUCCGGGUGGGGAACGUCCAGGAGCUGUCGGAACUGAGCGAGCAGGUUUUGGAAACUCUGCACGAUGCGAUGCACGAAACCUUGUGUCCAGGCGUGACUGAUAUUUCCAAAGCCUGUAACCUGGAUGUGAUUCUGGGCUUUGACGGAUCCAGGGAUCAGAACAUAUUCGUGGCUCAGAAGGGCUUCGAGUCCAAAGUGGACACCGUCCUGAACAGAAUCAGCCAGAUGCAAAGAAUCAGCUGCAGCGGCACCCAGAUGCCCACGGUGCGGGUGUCCGUGGUGGCCACCACGCCCGCGGGCCCCGUGGAGGCCUUUGACUUUGCUGAAUACCAGCCGGAGAUGUUCGAGAAGAUCCUGGGCAUGCGCACCCAGCACCCCUACGUCCUCACCGCCGACACGCUGAAGCUCUACCAGAACAAGUUCCGGCAGGGCUCGCCCGGCAGCGUGAAGGUGGUCAUUCAUUUUACUGACGGGGCGGACGGAGACCUGGCAGACUUACAAAGAGCGUCUGAGGCCCUCCGACAGGAAGGUGUCCAAGCUCUGAUCCUCGUGGGCCUGGAACGUGUACCCAACUUGGAGCAGCUGAUGCAGCUGGAGUUUGGGCGAGGGUUCACGUACAACCGGCCCCUGAGGCUGAACUUGCUGGACCUGGAUUACGAACUAGCAGAGCAACUUGACAACAUUGCCGAGAAAGCCUGCUGUGGGGUCCCCUGCAAAUGCUCCGGGCAGAGGGGUGACCGAGGGCCCAUUGGCAGCAUCGGACCGAAGGGAAUUCCUGGAGAAGACGGCUACCGAGGUUACCCUGGUGACGAAGGAGGACCCGGCGAGCGCGGCCCGCCCGGCAUGAACGGCACUCAAGGUUUCCAGGGCUGCCCCGGGCAGAGGGGCAUAAAGGGCUCUCGUGGAUUCCCAGGAGAGAAGGGUGAAUUAGGAGAAAUCGGACUGGAUGGCCUUGAUGGAGAAGAUGGAGACAAAGGAUUGCCGGGAACUUCUGGAGAUAAAGGGAGUCCAGGAAGAAGGGGUGACAAAGGACCCAAAGGAGACAAAGGAGAAAGAGGGGACGUGGGGAUCAGAGGUGACCCGGGUGACUCAGGACGGGACAGCCAGCAGAGAGGACCCAAAGGAGAAUCCGGAGACCUCGGGCCCAUGGGUCUCCCUGGGAGAGAUGGGGUGUCUGGAAGUCCUGGAGAGUCCGGAAAAAGUGGCGGCUUUGGCCGAAGGGGACCAGCAGGACUGAAGGGCAACAAGGGCAGUCCCGGCCAGCAGGGCUCCGUGGGAGAGCAGGGGACCAGAGGUGCACAGGGCCCACCUGGUCCCACUGGUCCUCCAGGUCUGAUUGGUGAGCAAGGCAUUCCUGGACCUCGGGGAAGCGGCGGGACCGCAGGUGCGCCUGGAGAACGUGGCAGAACCGGGCCCCUGGGGAGAAAGGGUGAUCCCGGAGAGCCAGGACCUAAGGGAGGACUCGGGAGCCGGGGCCCUCGUGGGGAGACGGGCGAUGAUGGGCGAGAUGGAGUCGGCAGUGAGGGACGCAGAGGCAAAAAAGGAGAAAGAGGAUUUCCUGGAUACCCAGGUCCAAAGGGCAACCCUGGUGAGCCGGGGACAGACGGAGGCCCGGGGCCCAAAGGUGUCAGAGGCCGAAGGGGAAAUUCAGGUCCUCCGGGGAUAGCUGGCCAGAAGGGCGACCCCGGUUACCCAGGGCCAUCUGGUUACAAAGGCAGCCGAGGCGACUCCGUAGAUCAAUGCGCCCUGGUCCAGAGCAUCAAAGACAAAUGUCCUUGCUGCUAUGGGCCCCUGGAGUGUCCGGUCUUCCCGACGGAGCUGGCCUUUGCCCUGGACACCUCCGAGGGGGUCACCCAGGACACCUUCAGCCUGAUGCGGGACGUGGUCCUGAGGAUUGCGGAUGAGCUGACCAUCGCCGAGAGCAACUGCCCACGGGGCGCCCGCGUGGCUGUGGUCACCUACAACAACGAGGUCAUCACGGAGAUCCGCUUCGCCGACUCCAGGAAGAAGUCCGUCCUCCUGGACAAGAUCAAGAACCUCCAGGUGGUUCUGACGUCCAAGCAGCAGAGUCUGGAAACCGCCAUGUCCUUCGUGGCCAGAAACACAUUUAAGCGCGUGCGGAAUGGGUUCCUGAUGAGGAAGGUGGCCGUCUUCUUCAGCAACAAACCCACGAGGGCGUCCCCGCAGCUCCGGGAGGCCGUGCUCAAGCUCUCGGAUGCCGGCAUCACGCCCUUGUUCCUCACGAGCCAGGAGGACCGGGUGCUGAUCAAUGCCUUGCAGAUCAAUAACACAGCGGUGGGUCACGCCCUGGUCCUACCUGCUAGGGGAGACCUCCCAGACUUCCUGAAGAACGUCCUGACUUGUCACGUGUGCUUGGACAUCUGCAACAUCGACCCGUCCUGCAGCUUGGGCAGCUGGAGGCCUUCCUUCAGGGACCGGAGAGCCGCGGGCAGUGACGUGGACAUCGACAUGGCUUUCAUCGUGGACAGCUCCGAGACCACCACUCCGUUCCAGUUCAACGAGAUGAGGAAGUACAUUGGGUACCUGGUCCGACAGCUGGACCUCAGCCCAGACCCCAAGGCCUCCCAACACUUUGCCAGAGUGGCGGUUGUGCAGCACGCGCCCUGGGAGUCCGUGGGCAACGCCAGCGUGCCGCCCGUGAAGGUGGACUUCUCCCUGACUGACUACGGCUCCAAGGAGAAGCUGCUGGCCUUCCUCAGCAGCCGGAUGACACAGCUGCAGGGGACCAGGGCCUUGGGCAGCGCCAUCGACUACACCGUUGAGAACGUCUUUGAGAGCGCACCGAACCCCCGGGACCUGAAGAUCGUGGUCCUGAUGCUGACGGGCGAGGUGCCGAAGGAGCAGCUGGAGGAGGCCCAGAGAGCCAUCCUGCAGGCCAAGUGCAAGGGUUACUUCUUCGUGAUCCUGGGCAUUGGCCGGAAGGUGAACGUCAAGGAGCUGUACAGCUUCGCCAGCGAGCCCAACGACGUCUUCUUCAAACUGGUGGAUAAGUCCUCCGAGCUCAACGAGGAGCCCCUGAUGCGCUUUGGGAGGCUGUUACCAUCCUUUGUCAGCAGUGAGAAUGCUUUUUACCUGUCCCCAGAUGUCCAGAAACAGUGUGAUUGGUUCCAAGGGGACCAGCCGGCAAAGAAUCUUGUGAAGUUUGGUCACAGACAAGUAAAUGUCCCAAAUAACAUUACUUCUGGUCCUGCAUCCAAACCGGUGACCACGACAAAGCCGGUGACCACCACAGAACCCGUGACUGCUACCACCAAGCCAGUAACUAUGGUGAACCUACCAGCCUCAAAGCUGGCCGCCGCGAAACCUGUGGCUGGGAGACCAGUGGCCACCAAGACAGAGGCCACCAAGCCCGAGGUCACCAAGACUGAGGCCGCCAAGCCUGAGACUACCAAGCCUGUGGCCGCCAAGCCUGAGACCGCCAAGCCUGUGGCCGCCAAACCCGAGGCCACCAAGCCUGUGGCUGCCAGGCCUGAGGCUGCAAAGGUGGCCGCGAAGCCCUCAGCAGCAAAGCAAGCCUCUGCCAGACCCCCAGCUGCUGCCAAACCCGUGGCUGCAAAGCCCGAGGCCCCCAGGCCCCAGGCAGCCAAACUGGCCCCUGCCAAGCCAGCUACCCCCAAACCCGUGGCGAAGGCCCACCGGGAGGUCCAUGUGUCUGAGGUCACGGAGAACAGUGCCAAGCUCCACUGGGAGCGGCCCGAGCCCCCCAGCCCUUACUUCUAUGACCUCACCGUCACCUCGGCCCAGGAUCAGUCCCUGGUUCUGAAGCAGAACCUCACGGUCCCCGACCGCGUCAUCGGCGGCCUGCUCGCUGGGCAGACGUACCACGUCUCCGUGGUCUGUUACCUGAAGUCCCAGGUCAGAGCCACCUACCACGGCAGCUUCAGUACAAAGAGAACUCAGCCUCCACCUCCACAAACAGCGAGGUCAGCUUCCAGUUCAACCAUCAAUCUCAUGGUGAACACGGAGCCCUUGGCCGGGAGUGAAGCAGAUGUAUGUAAGUUGCCCAAAGAUGGAGGAACUUGCAGGAAAUUUAUCAUAAAAUGGUACCAUGACGCGGUGACUGGAAACUGUGCAAGAUUCUGGUAUGGAGGUUGUGGUGGAAAUGAAAACAGAUUUGAUUCACAGGAAGAAUGUGAAAAGGUUUGCUCUCCUGUGCUCGUCAAACCCAAAGUCAUAGCUGCAAUUGGGACCUAAGCGUGGCCCCCGUGACACAUACCUCUUGAGGAAGAAGGAGGCAGCCACUGCAAGUCGUCUCUGUAGAAGCCCUCGGUGUAGACUGCCUUGCACUGUGCCGUUUCAUGCUUUGAGUUACACUUGGACUUGGGAGGAAACGUCUGCCGCAUGACUAUCCAUAUGGUGCUAACUGUGUCUGUGGACCCAGCGCUCUCUGUCUCUAGGCAGUUACAUCGUAUACUUUGAACGUUGCGCAACAGUUACCCACUGCUGGUGUUUCUGUGAACAUCCCCAUAAAGUCAGAUUCCCUCUGGAGUUUCACCUUAUGCCUGUCUCAGGCAGGUGUAAGGUCUAGAAAAUAACCCCCAACUUCACAGCUACUCUGUAUCCUUCCGCUUGGUUCAUUCCUGCCCCGCCUUUCAUUAAGCAUGAUUUUAGAUGGAAAGCCUGUUGUAUGGAGAAUAAGCAAGAGUCCACGUGUUCAUGUACCACCAAUUUCCUGGAUUCGAUUGCGAGCUCAUUUUCUUUUUUCUAAAGCUUCUAAGGAACAAUCUAGGGAGGCAGAAGCCAACUCCCUUAAUCUUUGUGCGCCGUUGCGGGACCAAUGCCUUCAUUAAAGGAUGAAAAGAAAGUCAUAAUAGAGAAUAUUUUUGGCAUUCCUCUGA